CAACCAAAACAAUAAAUAAGAUCCGGUCGCAGUGACAGGAAGCCAGGAGAUACUCAUGGCGCCCGACUAGAAAGAAUCGACUAUUAUUGGUUGCUAUGUUGUGAUCUACUCGGCGCAUCUACCCGACGGAAUAUUCGUCUACUAAAAAAUACAGGUUAUGGAUUCAGAGGAGAAUGAGGUUGAAAGCAGCAGUGAUGCAGGUCCAUCGGGGAUGGAGGAACCGUCUGAAAGCGGCAUGGGCAUGGAAUCAUCAGAGGCAAUGUCUGCAGACAGCAGCGAUGCUGCCGCCUCCCAUGUGCAGGCCCCAGAGUCAGACUGCCAUGUGGGACAGAGCUCAGAAGGACUGGUGGUGUUCAUCCCAGAGACCAGCUCCAGUACAGAUGUCAGAGUUUCUUCAGUUCAUCUUCCAGACUCCUCUUCCGUGGCUCAGUCCACCAGUGUUUCCAGUGUCUCCACAGUGACCCAGUCAGUGCUGGUGACAGGAUCGGCUCAGGUGUUGGUCCACUCCAGUGCGGUGUCUGACGGAGCUAUGAUGGUUUCUGACUCCACUGCAUCUACCUCAUCAGAUCUAGGAUCUGCCAUUGACAAAAUCAUAGAGUCAACCAUCGGUCCAGAUCUUGUAAACGGUUGUAUAGCUGUGACCAGUGCAGAGGAUGGACGAGCAGAAACCACCCAGUAUCUGAUUGUACAAGGACCAGAUGACGGAGCUCAUAUGGUAGCCCAUAUGUCAUCUUCAGCCACGUCCAACCGUGUAGCCAUAGAGGCUCAUGUUGAAGGUCCUACAUCCACCUGUCAGGAUCAGGGAGAUCUUCAGGGUAAUCUUGAGCCAGACCAGCCUGAUGAUCAUCCUGGACCUUCUGGCUACAGAGAAGAUAGCAGCAGCCACCCUGACCAGCCCCAACAUUCCCACCCAUCCCAGUAUAUGGACUGCAGCGCGGAUGGUCCUGACCAGACUGAGGAGUCCUCAUCAUCAUUUCUGGAGUGUUCCGGUGAGGAACCUGACCAGACUCGCUCCCAGUCAGGUUUUUCUUACUACAGGGGGAGUAACCGUGACCAGGAGCUGCCUGGGUAUGUAGAAUACAGCGGAGCUGAUUCAAACCCCACCAGCAGAAGUCGCUACGUGGUGGAUUGUAGCACUGGGUAUCUUCCCCGAGCAGCAAAUGGGAGAGAACAGCCACAUGAAUCACGCAGCUACAUCGACAGCAGCGCAGACCACCGGACCCAGACGAGUAGAAAGUAUGCAGGAGAGUCUGGGGGGGAAUGUGUUGCAGAUGCAGACUCGGAGCAGCCUGGCUGCUCACGCUAUCAAGCAAGACUUGAUGACGUUGAUGAUGAUGACGAUGAUGAAAGGAACCAGGAUCCAGAUCAGCCGCAGCACUCUCUGCAGCAGCCUCAGCACUCCUGCUAUACAGAGAACAGCAACGGACCCGAGGCGUCCUUCUAUCAAGAUGACAGCUCUUCUUCAGACCACCCGCUUGCAGACACGGCAGGCACAAACGGACUUCCUGAGGGGCUGGAAUGUAACGACAGUCAGCCUGGCUUGUACAUCAGCAGCAGUGGCACAUACGCUUCUAUUCAGGAACCUGAAGUGGCCCAACAGAGUUCCCCCAGCCAAGAGGAGCCUCAAGGCUCCCAGGAUGAACCUCGGUUCUCUGCAGCCACAGAGACAUCAGCCAUGGUGGGAGGCUCUGGAAACCACCAGCCAAACCUGGCUGAGUUGGAGGAGAUGAUGGAGGUGGUGAUUGUACAGCAGUUCAAGUGCAAGAUGUGUCCGUAUAAAAGUGUUUCCAAAGACACGCUCAUCAACCACAUGAGGGAAAAGCAUUUUAAACCUGCUGGAGACAUGCCGAUUAAACGUAAACGUGGACGACCCCCCAAAAGUGAGACGUUAGCUCGGCAAAAAGCAGAGCGAGAGGAGGCAGAAAGGAGGAGGGCAGAAGAAGCGAAGGCUGUCGUAAAGCAAGAAGUAGAAGAUGAAGAAGAUGAUAUCGUAGACGCCGGUGCAAUUGACGAUCCAGAAGAGGACAGCGAUUACAACCCAGUAGAUCAGGAGAUUAAAGGAAGACCUCCUAACUUUCCCAACAAACCCUCCACUCCCACCCCCUCCUCUUCUCAAGGGCGCCCCCGACGAAAGGUCGGCCGCCCAAGGAAAUACAACAUUUCCAGUGAAGGCAACAACAAAGAAGCUGAAGGCAUUUCAAAGCCGUCCACACUUAGCGGGGAUCCCUCUGUCUCUGAGGAGGCAAGCUCUUCUGGGUUGGGUCAAAGUCUGGUGAGAAAGAGUAAUGAGGACACAGCUGAGGCAGCUAUAAGCCAGUCGGACUCUGAGAACAAAGACCCUUCAUCCAAAACCCAACCAGAGGAGGAGUUCCUCCCAAAGAAACGGGGGAGACCAUCGAAGCGCUUCCUACGGAAGAAAUAUAGGAAGUAUAUAAAUCGCAAUCGGUACUAUAAAUCCCUCAAACCUCUGCUCCGACCCCAUAACUGCUGGAUCUGUGGCUCACGCUUCCUCACUCAGGAGGACCUGCGCUUUCAUGUCAGCUCCCAUGAGGGGAAUGACCCAGAGCUCUUUAAGUGCCUACAAUGCAGCUACCGCUGCAAGCGCUGGUCUUCACUGAAGGAGCACAUGUUCAAUCAUGAGGGUAAAAAGCCGUUUAAAUGUGAAGAAUGUGACUACUCCAGUGUUUACAAUAAAGAUGUUCUGCGACACUCAGCAGUUCACAGCAAGGAGAAGAAACAAAAAAAAGAGAUGGUUCCUAAGGUGUUAGAGUUCCCCUGCCCUGUGUGUGGUAAAGUGUACCCCAUGCAAAAGAGGCUGACCCAACACAUGAAGACCCACAGCUCAGAGAAACCACACAUGUGUGACAAGUGUGGCAAAUCCUUCAAGAAGAGAUACACUUUCAAAAUGCACUUAUUGACCCACAUUCAGAGUCUCGGAGACAAGUUUAAGUGUGAGUUUUGUGACUAUACCUGUGAAAACAAGAAGCUUCUGCUCAACCAUCAGCUCUCACACACUAACGACAGGCCCUUCAAGUGUGACUACUGUAAAUAUUCAACCUCCAAAGAGGAGUUCCUGGUCUCACACAUGGCCAUCAAACACACAGGGGAGAAGCCUUUCUCUUGUGAUAUGUGUCACUUCACCACCAAGCACAGGAAAAACCUGCGUCUCCAUGUGCAGUGUCGCCACCCGGAGACUUUUGACGAGUGGUCUCUGGCUCACCCUGAGGAGCCGGUGACACGACGACGGAAACCCUUUUUCACCCUGCAGCAGAUAGAGGAGCUGAAACAACAAGACGACAAUCCGACGUUACAGAACACUAUAAUAACUGUGGAUCAUGAGACAUUGCAAGCUAUGCAGGGGAUAGAAAAAGCUUCAGUGACCCAGGAUGCUUUGGGAAAUACAACUAUCAUCUAUGAGCAUGGGGAAUCUGGCGGUCUGUCUGCUCAGAAUGCCCUGGACCUGCUGCUAAACAUGAGCAAUGCUCGGGAAAUUGUUGGAAACUCUUUACAGGUGGCAGUGCUGAAAUCCGAAGGAAGCGAAGCAGAAGAGGCAGCAGUAAGUGCUCUGACUGUUGCAUCCGGCCAGGGUCAAAAGAUCAUGACCUUUCAUGUGUCUGAGAACGGUGAAACAGUGCUGCAGGAGGCCUACCAGGCAGCCGCCUCUGAAACUGGGGAGCUGACCCACAUUGCUAUAGAAUCCUAUGAGGAAGGAGGAGAGUUUAAUGUGGUUGAAGAGCCUGCUGGAGAAAUCCACAGCCCGGCAUACAGUGUGGAUGAAAGCAGUCAGGGUUUAGAAGUCUCUGCAUCAGAGAGCCUGAAAAGUGAGAAAUACUAUUUAACUUCAGCCCUGGCUGAUGGAGUUUUGCAGCAAGUCGAGCUAAGCAGUGAAGCUCCUGCCUCACCUACUGCGGUGAGCUCCCCCAACACAAAGAGGUUCUCCUGCCGCAUCUGCAUGGAGUCCUUCAACGGUCGCUCUGACAUGGAGAACCACAAGAGGGCGCACUUGGAUCCCAACACUUUUAAAUGUCCUGACUGUGAUUUCACCUCAAACUCAUGGCCUGAAGUAAAGUCUCACAUGGGAAUGCACUCCUACCUGCGGCCCCAUAAGUGUCCGAGCUGCAGCUUUGCCUCAAAGAACAAGAAGGACUUGCGUCGGCACAUGAUGACCCACACCAACGAGAAGCCGUUUGCUUGCAAACAUUGUGGACAAAGGUUUAACCGUAACGGCCAUCUGAAGUUCCACAUGGAGCGUCUCCACAGUCAGGAUCCACCAACUCGCAAAGGCCAAAGAAACACAUCUCAGCAAACAAUCAUUGUGAACAGUGAUGAAGAGGCAUUGGCCACUCUGCAGUCCUUGCAGGCACAUCAGACAGCGAUCACUCCAGAGCAGCUGCAGGCCUUGGGUCAGGAUCACAUUAUUGUAUCACAAGAGCAGACUAUGCCAGAGCAGGAGGAAGCUCCAUACAUCCAACAGAUAACCACCAUAGAUGGUCAGACUGUCCAACAUCUGAUGACGGGAGAUAACCAGGUGCAUGAAGUUCAGUACAUCAUCUCACAGGAUGGAGUUGAGCACAUACUACCUCAGGAGUAUGUUGUAGUUGCUGACGGUAAUCACAUACAGAUGCCUGAUGGACAAAUAAUCCAAUAUGAGCAGGAGCAACCGAUUGCUGUAAGUCACGAUGGGCAGAUCCAGUAUGUACCUGUCAGCCCUGAGACUCAGAUGGUGAACGCUGAGGACCUGGAAGCUGCUGCCCAUUCUGCUGUCACAGCUGUAGCAGAUGCAGCCAUGGGACAGACCCAAACACUUUAUACUGAGGCGACACCUGAACAGCUGGAACAGCUGCAGCAGCAGGGCAUCCCCUAUGAUGUCAUUACCUUUACCAAUGAGUAGCAGCAGAAAUGUGUUGUGAGCUCCAAUAAAAGAACAGUGACCUCAGCUCGGAAAUGCAUCCAUGCAUAUUAAAGGCUGUGACCAGAAGCCUUAUAUACAGAAGAUGCAGGAAAGGCUUAAUAAAAACAGCUUGUUAAAGUUAUCAAAUUUCAACACUUGCUUUUAAAUUAUUAAAGGGGGAUGAAUAUUUCAGAGUAAAUAUGAAGAAUGUGUGUCUGUUUUGUAAGGUUUAAGAAUAGUGUUCAUGUGCAGGAACUGCUUUUACUUGCAAGACAAUGUUAUCUGCUGCAAGCCUAACAAUGUUUUAGGAAUUCCUUGUUUAAAUUUGUUUGUUUUUGAGUGAAUGCAGGGACAAAGGGAGUGUUUAUUUUAUAUCUGAAUUAAGUUAAUUGUUAGUUUGUUACAACCCUCUGAAUAUUUAUGUAAAUACAUUUUAAUUUCCAUUUUGUUUUGUCAUGGAUGAUAUGUUUUGAGUUGGCAAAAAGUGUAUCAUAAGAUAAAAGCUAAUACCAAAUAAAUCGCUUUGUGUAUAAAUA